ACGAGAAAUGACCAAGGGUGACAUAGGAAGGGCGAUAUACUACAAUCCCUAGUCUAAGGACUUGUUGGAUUCGAAUUAACAAUCAAAGAGACUUGAUUGGCCCUUGUUUAAAUAAAUAAAGGCUGUAUGUGUAUGUAUGAUUGGAUGUAAAUUGGAAUUAGUCAUGAAGUAACAAUGGUGGGUUCAUAUACAUCCAAAACUAGUGGAGAGCAUCUUUUCCAUCGAAUACGUUUGAAAGGCCCGCAGGCACAUCACAUCACAUCACAUGUUCGAAGACGAUCAUCAUCAUCUUCCUCCAUGGCUGCUCCCUCGUUUUUGAAGAAACCCAUCUCUGAAACCCCGCUGGUUAUCGAUAAGUCUCGAAAUCUCCGUCUCCCUCUUCACUUUUCUCAAUUUAGGUUAUGUGGAAGACGCCAUGUGGUUAAAAGUUCAUUGAUCGAGAGUAAUCAUGUUCCUAUUCUUUCGGCUUCCGAGGCAAUUGAAAGACUGAGGACAAGCCGGGAAAGUUGCAAAAGAACGCAACGCUAUUUGGCUAUGUACUCGAGCGUUUUUGGUGGGAUCACGACAGACCAAGGCGCCAUGGUGAUUCCAAUGGAUGACCAUAUGGUUCAUAGAGGACAUGGUGUUUUCGACACUGCUGCCAUAGUUGAUGGAUUCCUAUAUGAGCUGGAGCAACACCUUGAUCGCUUCCUAGGUUCCGCAAGCAAAGCAAAAAUAAAGCCCCCUUUCGAUAAAGAAACCACGAAAAGAAUACUUGUACAAACCGCAAGUGCUUCAUCUUGUAAAAAUGGAUCAUUAAGAUACUGGCUUUCAUCCGGUCCUGGUGAUUUCCAACUCUCUCCCUCUGGCUGCCACCAGUCAACUCUUUACGCCAUUGUCAUCCAAGACCUAUCCCCUCCUAACUACAACGGCAUCAAAGUAAUUACAUCAUCUGUUCCAAUAAAGCCACCACAAUUUGCCACCAUGAAGAGCGUAAACUAUCUUCCAAAUGUUCUUUCCAAAAUGGAAGCUGAAGAAAAUGGCGCAUAUGCUGCCAUCUGGUUGGAUGAACAGGGCUUUGUUGCUGAAGGGCCCAACAUGAAUGUGGCUUUUGUAACACCAGAGAGUGACCUUUUGAUGCCUCCCUUUGACAAAAUACUCAGCGGGUGUACUUCAAAGAGGGUUUUGGAACUUGUACGCCAUUUGGUACAAAUCGGGCAACUUAGAGGGGUACAAGUGAGAGACGUGAGUGUGAAGGAAGGGAAACAGGCACGAGAGAUGAUGCUGAUUGGUAGUGGAGUUGUUGUUCGACCCGUAUUGCAGUGGGAUGAUCAGGUCAUAGGCAAUGGUAAAGAAGGUGUAGUGACAGAGUCUCUUCGAAAUCUAAUUUUGGAGGACAUGAAAAAUGGUCCAUCAACCGUACGCACUCUUAUUCCUUACUAAUUUGAGGAUUCUGGUGUUUGCCUGCUGCUGCUUCGUUUGUUGUUUGUUAUAUGCUUAACUUGUACUAACAUAUUCCCAUGUUUAUGACUAGCCCAAAUCUGGAAUUGCAUGUUGCAGUUGCACGAACUUGACCUGAAAUCAAAUAAUUGACCAAAUGAGAAUUAAAACAAUUGGUUUGUAGAA